AGAAUAUGUUUGUUACUCGUCGGAGUUCAGCGAUAAUUAUUCAUCAUUUCAGUUGAAAUUGAAACAGAAACUGAACCUCAACUGAAGGGAUAAGGGAGAGCCAUCAAAGAAUAAGAUACUGAAGAGAUAAGAGAGAGCCAUAAAAAAAAAAGAUAUGGCAGCAGUUUCAUGCUCAUUGCUAAACCUUCCUUCCAAAUUCCGGAACCUUACCCUAACUCCAUCUUCUUCAAAUUCCACUUCUCUAAGUUUCUCCCGAAACAUUUCCCACACUGUCCUUUCACAAGGUAGAUUGUCGUUGAGUAGGGUGCAGAAGCGUGGCGUGGUAGUUUGCGAGGCUGCCCCGAAAAAGGUUGAUUCGGCAAUUAAGAGAGCUCGCCAAGCGGAGAAACGUCGCGUUUACAACAAAGCUCGUAAAUCAGAGAUAAGAACCCGUACCAAGAAGGUUUUGGAUGCACUGGAAUUGCUCAGAAAGAAACCUGAUGCACAAUCUGAAGAAAUUGUCUCAAUUGAGAAGAUGAUUGGAGAGGCAUACUCUAUAAUUGACAAAGCAGUGAAAGUGGGUACAUUGCAUAGAAACACUGGAGCAAAUCGCAAGUCUCGGCUUGCCAGAAGAAAGAAGGCAGUGGAGAUCCAUCAUGGCUGGUAUGCCCCUGUUCUGGAAGGUAGUGUCUGAAACAAUCUACAUUAGUUUGUUUACGUGUUAUUAAAGUGAGAACUUAGCGCGGAUUUUUUUUUUCACUGCUCAAACUCAAACCUUGUAUUUUAGUCUAAUUUCAUUUCAGUUCAAAUUGGUUUAGUGUACUAUCGUCGUGUAGAGAAUCUUCAUUUGAUGUUAACAGCGUCUUCGUAAUUAGCCAUUGUUGUAUUCUUCCUUCAUUGUUGUUA